UUGGGGAUUCCUCCUGGGCCGGCUGAUCUUUUAUUUUUAAGUUGGGUAAUUGCCGUUUUUAAUUGAUCUAAUUCGAUGUUAAUUUUUUCUCUUUCUAAAUUAAAUGGUAGUUCUUCUGGUUGCAAUUUAUAUUCAUCUCUGUGUUCAUUUAACAUUUUUUCGAAAUAUUCUUUCCAGCUAUCUUUCGCAAUUACAUUAAGUUUUAGCUUGGUCUUCUUAUUAUUUCGAAUGGAAUUUAUGAAUUUCCAUGAUUCUGAUGUUCCUCUUCCUCCUAUGUAGCUUUCUAACUCUUGGCAUCGUUUUUCCCAUUGGUUAUUCUUCUCUUCCAAAAUUAUCUUCUUAAAUUUUGCUCUUUGGUGUUUAUAAGCUAAGUAAUCCGCAUCUUGUUUAGUUUGUAGCCAUUUGAAGUACAAUUUUUGUUUUUGGUUUUUCUGCUCCUAUAAGUUAUUAUUCCACCAAAAAUUUUUGUUGUUGUUGCAUGCUGUUUGUUCUCCCAAUGCCUCCAUAAUACACCUCAUAUACACAUAUACCUCAGAUACAGGCUUUUGUCAAAUCCCUGAGACUGAAUGAUGAAUAAUAACACAAGAAAGGGGGACACAAUAGAUCUAAAAAGGUCGCGGUGAUUAACUUGCCCCCUCCUAUACAAUCUAUAAUUUUCAACUGUCUUGGUUUAUAGAUAUAUCAAAGAAUGGCGUUGACUUGGUAUUUGUUACAUUUUAUAUUUUUGAUUGGAUAGUUUGUACUUGAACACUUUUUGAAAGAUUUUUAUUUUGUAAUAGACAUAUAUUUUGCCUUUUAUGAACGACAGUAGGUAUAUAAAACAAAAAAAGUUAACACCAAGAAAAACAAAACAGCCAAAAGUACACCUUUUAUCCGAUCAAAACGAAACAAAACCACCUGUAAAGGACAUUCCAUCGGUAUCGCGGUUAUGGCGUCGCAAGACGAACAACGUGCCACAGGUAUUCCGACGAUUUACGAGAAUGGACAGUUGGACAGGGGCCGAGGUGGGGGCGGGGACGUUGGUGGUCCAGACGAUGACGUCAUGGGCAUGGCGGUGGUGAUAAAGGCCGAGCGACUUCAAAGGGCUCUGAGAUGGGCCGGCUGGGAACCGUUACCAGACGGAGUGCAGUUGACGCUGACGGAACUGCGCGAGAUGGCUUGCAGGCAGCAGGCCCAGAUCGACUCGCAACACCAACUCUUGGCGGCCAAAGAACAACGGCUGCGCUAUCUGAAGGAGCAAGAUGCGCGCGCUCAACGGGUCCAAGCGGAGAGCGAGCGUCUGCGCAGGCUGCGCGACAGGGUGGAGGCGCAGGAACUGAAGCUGCGCAAACUAAGGGCGCUGAGGGGCCAGGUGGACCAUCAGAAGCAGAACAACAUCAGUCUGACCAGUGACCUUGACUCGAUAAGGGCCUUGUUCAAUGAGAAGGAAAAGGAAUUAUCUUUGGCCGUGGCUAAAGUGGAGGAGCUGACUAGGCAGCUUGAGGAAUUGAGGAGAGGUAGGACGAAUAGGGACCCACCACCAGCCUCUGCAUUGGAAUUGGACAAACUUCGAAGAGAAUUAAUGUAUCGAAAUAAAUUAAACGAGCAACAAAAUCAAAGACUCAAUCAACAACGAGAGGCCCUUACCGCUAGGCAAGAGGAAAUGAGCGCAAUCGACAAGAGGAUAUCGGAGUUACAGGAAAGAUUGCAACGCAAGAGGCACCUCAAUCAACAACUAGCCAGUCAAAUCAGUGCAGCUUCCCAUAAAGCUGCUUAUCAACAGUUCGUACGAUUAACUGGAAAUGGCGACCAAAACAACCAGGCCUUUGCUAGGAAGGAGCCCCAAACUGGAAACGUCCCUCCAAAUGGACUGCUUCGUAGCAACAUUGCUGCAGUUGAACCAUAUAAUCAUGUUCCUUUACAAUCAAACCAACAAAUUAGAAAUAUUAAUCAAAACCAAGAGCAUUCUCCAUAUCAUCCAUCAUAUCAGCAAAAUCAGCAUAUCAAACCUGAAACUAAUCCGAAUAUCAACGACAUCCAAGAGAUAACUAAAAAAAUUGCUAAUAUCUAUACAAGAGGAGACGAGGAAAACCAUCAAGAUUUUGCGGUAUCUAAGUCAGACCCGAAAUAUCAGACGCUUCCGUACAAUACGAAGUUCACCGUAAAUUUAUUGCCUAACAACAACAAAAUAAUUAAAAAUGAUUUGAACAGCAAUGAAAAAGAAGAUACUAAUUACCCAUCGAAUAUUGUCAAUACAAAUAACAUUGUUCAAGCUGCACACAUGACGGUUCAUAGUGCUCCUUUAAGUCAAGUUAACAAGAAUAUAGCUACACCGCUUAAUCAACAUGACCUGCUCAGCCGAAAAAACAGCGAAGGGAAGGAACAAAACAAUAUAUUCUCAAACGAAAAUCGAGAUGAUCUUGCCCAUAAAUAUCAAAACGAUCAUACAUAUCUCACCGGCAAUAUUAAUUCUACUACUUCAACAACAACAUAUCAGAAACCUAUUAGCAGCGUAGCACCGACGUCAAUUCAUCACACUAGCAUUCCUUCGACGGUUUACCAAACGUCAUCGAUAAAAGUACAACCAGUAGAGCCUCAAACGAUAGCGGCAACCACGAAAACCCCAACUGCUCUUUCCUACGGUACUCAAGUCCAAUCUCCUCCCGGAGCGGUGUUGUCACCACCCCAGUCAAGCAGUACUCCAUUGGGUACUCCCGAGGUCUCCAUCGAUACGACUCCUAAGCCAGCCUUGCCCCCGAAACCCGCUAUCAAACCACCACCUAGACAAACGCAAAUGGUCAGCGAAGAAACGUCUUUGAGGCCUCCACCGUUGCCUCUGUCCGAACCACCCGAGGAGAAGUCGUCCCCUUUACUGGGUGUGAAACCCCCACCAUUGUUGCCCAGUCAGAAGCCUAACAUAGAUGUAUCGAAUAAGAAUUUUCUUGCUAGUCAAUCGGAAAUGAUAAUUAAAGCGAAACCGCUUAAUAUCAAAAAGCAACAGCUCAGUGAGCAACCCAAACUUCGAAGUCAGAAUGCCUAUGCUAAAUUCAACGGUUUGAUAUUGAACAAUAGGAGAAUAGAAUUACCGCCGGUGUAUCAGUUUCCUGAAAUGUCGGUUUCGAGUGCGGACAAAUCGGAAUCGCAAAACACGGCGAAUUCGCAAGAUAAGGAUCCUUCAAUGAAGGACGAAAUCGAUAGAAUAUCUAGAACUUCGACGGAUGACACUAGCAGCAUCGAUUCAAAAGAACAAAAGGAAGAUAAUGUCAUAAGAAGAAUUAAGAAAGGCAACUUAAAACAAACUGGUAAAAGCAAUCUGUCUAGGAGAGUUAGUUUCGAUCCGUUGGCGCUACUGUUGGAUGCUAGUCUUGAAGGAGAGUUAGAAUUAGUAAAGAAAACUGCGUCACAAGUUCCAAACCCAAGCGCGGCUAAUGACGAAGGCAUUACGGCAUUACACAAUGCCAUCUGCGCGGGCCACAUCGAAAUCGUGAAAUUUCUCGUCGAAUUCGGUUGUGACGUCAACGCUCAAGACAGCGACGGCUGGACGCCCCUACACUGCGCGGCAAGUUGCAACAAUUUGACCAUGGUCAAGUUUCUGGUGGAGCACGGAGCUUGUAUCUUCGCUACAACACUGAGCGAUCAUGAAACGGCUGCUGAGAAAUGCGAAGAAGAUGAAGAAGGAUUCGAUGGAUGCUCAGAAUAUUUAUACAGUGUACAAGAAAAGCUUGGAAUAUUGAACGGAGGUACGGUUUAUGCUGUUUUUGAUUACAACGCGCAGCAGCCAGACGAACUGACUUUUAAAGCAGGUCAGCAAUUUACUGUUUUGAGAAAAGGAGACGAAAACGAACGAGAAUGGUGGUGGUCCAAAUUAGGCGACAAGGAGGGUUAUGUCCCUCGAAAUCUGUUAGGACUUUAUCCAAGGGUUCAGAGAAAUGAAGAUAAUUAGAUUAUAAGUAUAAUUCACUAUAUGUAUAAGAUUUACAUUAUGUACCUUGUACCCAUCUAUAACACAAUACUCUACUACAUGGUUCUUACUCUGUCUCUCUUUGGUUUGUAAACUUUAAUUACAUAUAUAAUAUAUGUAUCACUGUGUAGUUCGACCAUGUCAUAAUUUAAAAGACAGCUACAAUACAUGUUUUUCGUAUAAUUGACCUAAAAAUAAUAUACGGACUAAUAAAAUAUGUAUGUUAUCAUUUGUCAAAAAGGAUGUUCUUUGAAAACCUUGGCUCAAUAUAGUUUUAUAUUGCUUUAGUUUAAGGUUAAUUUGCUAUAACCUUGUAAUGUUUUAGUUAUAAGGUAAAAGGUUUUCGUUGCACCCAUUUAGAUCUUUUCGUAACUGAAAAGAAUUAGGCCUACAUUAAAAAACUGUGCAAUAGGAAAUCUGCGAAUUUCACUAAAGGUAUAUCUAUUUUUCUUUAUACUAUUUCUUUGGAAUACUUUAUUGUAUUAUUGUAAUAUGGUUUUAAUAUAUUUUCUGAAAAGUGUAAAUAUAUAAAUAUGGAAAU